UUCCCUUAUGCGAAGCGCGCGAAGACCGUUGAUGACGAUUCCGAAAUGGCCGCGCACGAUAAGUCAUGGCAUGCCUCUUUCAAGCCUCACUUCACGCCCACAAAUGGUUUGAUUUACAAGUCGAACGGUGAAGGUGAUCACUCCGAAGUCGGGUGGAAUACGGAAGGUCUGGUGACGGACAGCCGCGGGAGGAAUGUGGUGGCAUUGACUUCACUGCGAGGCAGUCUGGACCAUACCACAUCGACCACUCCCAUGAACGUCGAAUCUCUCCUGGCCGAUGCUCUAGUCAUCGAGCGCGACGGCAUCCCCUUUGUCGAGCACCAGGCCGUUCCUUUCUCGCAGACGAAGAACCGAUUCACGCAGCAUCACACGAACCAGACCGAGCUCGACAUCUACGAGCUCGCGCACGUCUUGUUUGAUGACUACGAAGACGAAUUUUCCCUUGGUCUCAGCCGUCAGCAGCAGCAAGAGUACGUCGGCAACAUCCGCAAGGAUCGACUCACUAAAUAUCUCUCGACCUUGAUCUGGCGGCGCCAUGGAGACCGUAUACGAGCGUCCGAGAAGUCAAAUGCCCCGACCACCGCGAUAUUGUAUCUCACGGCCAAUAAUAUCAGAGCGGCGUGUGAUGCGUUGAUGAACGAGAAGGAUUUCCAUCUCACACUGUUGGUGUCUCAGAUUGACUCUGUCGAUAACACGGUCCAACGGGAUAUCGGCGACCAACUCGCCGCGUGGCGCGACCAAGGCGUCAUUUCCGAAAUGAGCGAGGAGAUUCGAGCUUUGUAUGAGAUCAUCGCGGGCAACACGGGCGUCUGCGAAGGCAAGCAAGAUGUUCCGGUUGAGAAUCGCGCUUCAACUUUCUCGAUCUCGGAAAAAUUCGAUCUCGAUUGGAUCCAGGCCUUUGCGCUGUCACUGUGGUACGGACGACAGAAGGGUCACGGGAUUCAGGAUACGGUCAAGGAGUUUCAAGAUAAGGUCACCAGUCAGGAAGAGAGUGCUUCACCGUUGGAUGAGAGAGGAAAUGAAGAUCCAUUGUGGGUUUUGCUCAAACUUUUCGCGACACAAACGAAGGGCCAUGUCGGCGGGCUAGAGAAGCCGACCUUCCCACAGGCGCUUUCGACACUCGCUGCCCGCUGGAACUCUCAGGUUGUUUUCCGCCUGUACCACGCUAUUGUGUCUACGGUUCCCAGUGUCAAUGUUGAUGACAACAAGGCCGAGGAGCUCGCUGUUUCGCUUGCGUUUGAGUGUAGCGCACGUGGUGAUGUUGUGGGAGCCGCCUGUGCCCUCUUGCACAUCUCCGAUCCAGGUGUCCGGACGCAAUAUAUCAAGGACCUUCUCAACGCUCAUGGCGCAGUCCUAUCUGAUCCACCAAAGUAUGGUGCGGGAGCCCAAUCACAACAGAACCUCUUGGGCGUUCUCGAGCAACGUCUGAGUAUCCCGAGCACGUGGCUGUACGCGGCUAAGGCCCUCCACGCCCGCUCCGCAAACGACUCCGUAGCCGAGCUGUCCUACCAGAUCCUAGCGAAAGAUUUCCCUGCUGCCCACCAGACCCUGCUCCUGCGCGUGGCUCCACGGCUCGUCAUCGACGAAAACUGGACCGUCCUGUCCUCCAUCCUCAAGCAGUUCGGCAACAGCCCUGAAGAACAUAUCGGCGCGAUUGCGUGGAGCGAAGGCGGCGGCGUCUAUGAAGCUUUUGUGGUCCUGAUGGGUCUCGAGGAGUCAAAGAAGGCACACUCAAAUCAAGCUGUCAAAGCGGAGAGGGAUGCCCUGCUCCACCACCUGCGAAAAGCACUGACCAUCAUGAACGCCAACGAGACCAAUCUUGGUCCGCUCGGGAAGGAUAAAGAAAAACUCGAGGAACGAGUUGCCUUGAGGGAGAUGGGCAGAGCCGUUGCGGCGAUUCUCAAUCACGAGUCUGAAGGCGGCCAGAGAUCGCUUUUGGAGAAGAAAUCAAUCCUCGAUCUUCCUCUAACUGCAGAUGCGCGGCUCAGCCAUGCGACUGCGUUGGGUGUCGACUAUUACCGCGGAGUGAUGGCCACGGCGCGAUGA